AUGGAGGCGGUGCUGCUGGAGCACUUCCCCGCCGGGCUGGACGCCUUCCCGUCGGCGCCCUACUUCGACGACGAGGACUUCUUCAGCGACCCCUCCUCCCGCGACCCGCUGGAGGCCGACGAGCUGCUGGAGGACGAGGAGGCGGACUUCCCGGAGCCGCCCUUCCACGACUGCUGCCGCGCCGGCGCCGGCCAGGGGGGCCCGCCCGACGGCGCCUUCUGCUGCCCGCCCGGGGCGGCGGGCUGCGCCUUCUCGCCGCCCUCCGGCCUGGCCUACGAGUGCUGCGGGCGGGCGGCGUCGGGGAAGGCGCUGAGCGCGGCGCGGCGGCGGCGGCGGGUGCGCUCCGAGGCGGAGCUGCAGCAGCUGCGCCAGGCGGCCAACGUGCGCGAGCGGCGGCGCAUGCAGUCCAUCAACGACGCCUUCGAGGGGCUGCGCUCGCACAUCCCCACCCUGCCCUACGAGAAGCGCCUCUCCAAGGUGGACACGCUGCGUCUGGCCAUCGGCUACAUCAACUUCCUCAGCGAGCUGGUCCGCUCCGACCUGCCCCUGCGCGGCGCCGGCGGCCAGAGCCCCUGCCAGCCCAAGAAGGUCAUCAUCUGCCACCGGGGCACAAGAUCACCUUCUCCGAGCGACCCAGAUUACGGACUUCCUCCUCUGGCUGGACAUUCCCUGUCCUGGACUGACGAAAAACAGCUCAAGGAACAAAACAUUAUAAGGACUGCUAAAGUGUGGACCCCGGAAGACCCCAGAAAGCUAAACAAACAGCCUUCCCUCAACAACAUAGAAAACGAGCCCCCCUUUGACUUCCUAUCGUAA